GGGUGCGCAUCGCUGCCUGACUUUAAGGGAGGCGCGAGGCAGUUUGCACCGGCAGAGAGCGCGUCUGUGGCACCCACCACUUCGAAGCAUCAUGGAUUGCGGGGACGAGGCCGUCGUUUUCGUUGCUGCUGCAAGGACCCCGGUCGGAUCCUUCAAUGGUGCCUUGUCAACCCUGCAUGCCCACGAAUUGGCUUCAGUAGUCAUUAAAGAAUUGUUGGAGAGGACAAAAAUUGAUCCUAAAGAAAUCUCUGAAGUUAUACUUGGACAAGUAUUGGCUGCAGGUGCUGGCCAGAAUCCUGCUCGACAAGCCAGCGUCGGGGCAGGGAUUCCAUAUGUGAUACCAGCUUGGAGUUGUCAAAUGUUAUGCGGAUCAGGCCUGAAAGCCGUCUGUCUCGGGGCUCAGGCUAUUAUGACAGGAGAUUCCAGUAUUGUUGUGGCUGGUGGUAUGGAAAACAUGAGCAAGGCUCCUCAUGUCAUUCAUCUGCGUGGUGGGGUGAAGAUGGGGGAAACCUCUUUGCAAGACACUAUUAUCGUAGAUGGCUUGACAGAUGCUUUCCACUGUUAUCACAUGGGUAUUACAGCUGAAAAUGUGGCCAAACAAUGGAAGGUUACUCGAAAAGAACAAGACCAACAGGCUGUAAUGUCUCAGAACAAGGCUGAAAAUGCCCAGAAGGGAGGAUAUUUUGAUAAAGAGAUUGUACCUGUUGUUGUACCUUCUAGAAGAGGCCCCACAGAAGUUAAAGCUGAUGAACAUCCUCGCCAUGGGUGCAACCUAGAAACUGUGGCAAAGUUGAAACCUUGCUUCAUAACCGAUGGGACAGGCACCGUGACUGCAGCAAAUGCCUCAGGUAUAAAUGAUGGUGCCGCGGCUGUCAUUCUUAUGAAAAAAUCAGAAGCAGUUAAACGAAAUCUCAUUCCUUUGGCACGGAUCGUGUCUUCGGCUCAAGUUGGUAUUGAGCCUUCAGUUAUGGGAACAGCACCCAUCACGGCAAUAAAAAAAGCUGUGGAAAAAGCUGGUUGGACAUUGGAUCAAGUGGAUCUGUAUGAAAUUAAUGAAGCUUUUGCUGCCGUGGGUGUCGCAAUAACAAAAGAACUAAAACUGAAGCCAGAAAAGGUUAACAUUGAAGGUGGGGCCGUUGCUCUUGGCCACCCUCUUGGAGCAUCUGGUUGUCGAAUCCUAGUUACACUUCUGCACUCACUAGAACGAACAGGUGGAAAACGAGGAGUUGCAGCUUUAUGUAUAGGAGGAGGAAUGGGCAUAGCUAUGUGUGUAGAAAGAUAAAGGAAACUUUUCUUUGAUUUUAUAACAAUUUGUAACACGACUCAUCUUUAUUAAUAAGUAAUAAAUAGUAUUAGCCAAUACCUAUAUAUUGAUACUAGGCCAGAUCUAAGCAUCCUGCUGUGUCAGUUUAAAUACGUAGAACUUUCUUCAACAAUCUACUUGGUUUCUUCUCACCUCAGAUUUCUAAUGAAGACAAGGGAUGCACUGAAUCUUUGAGAAGCAGAAGGCAGCCUCUACAUACCAUUUACACCCACCCUAAUAUUAACC